CUUCUUGUAACUUCGGCACCAACGAAUUCCACGGCAUUGGAGGUCUGAACAAAAUCACAAAGGCGCUGAAAAUGUCUGAGCGAGUUGCACCGGGAAAGCGCAAGCAAGGAGUCAUGGACCCUACGACCACAAAUGAAGGCUCUGAAACAAAGAGACACAAAUCUCCGCCUAAAUCCGAUGAGCACAAGAAAUUUGCCCUCCAGUACUACGCCAACCACGUGAGCUGCGCAUCUUACCAGGAAUUCGAAGCCGGUUUGCCAGAGGAAUUCUGGACUUGCGAGGACUUGGAAGCAUUUCCGAAGGAGAAGCUGAAUAAUAUUAUGUUCCCUCAGUUGAGGAGCCCCCUUCUCGCUCCACAACUGCUGCAGGCCGUCACAGAGACUAUCACCUUCUUCGAGAGGAUUGUUGGCUAUGUCAAUGUCUACAACCCUCCUGAUGCCGUUAUUCUCCGCCACUUAAUUGAUAUCCUAAAGACCGUGCCUCAUGAGCAGCAUGUCUACAAUGCUGUGCUUGGUGCUGCUGACGCUGUCGUCAAAAGACUUCUUGAAGACGAUACGAAGCACUUGCACAAAACGUGCGACCUCAACCUUGCAAUUCUGAGGGGAGGUGCGGUGACAAAUGAGAUUGCAAUUCUUGAGAGUGAGCGACAGCGAUCAGCAUGGCGGACUUCCGUGUAUUCGGAGUGGAAGAGCGUUAAAAAGCAAUUCUGAAUGAGGGCCACAAGUGUCCGAUGCAGUCGUGUCCCGGGAUGCGACAAGUAGCUCUCCCAGGUUCUCUUUACCCUUCCAUUCAACAUUUUCUUUUGACUGAGGACUCCAUGGACAGGGUUGUGUCAAAGGCUUUUGAACAAUCCGGAAAUGGCAAGUUUCUCAGCCUGGACUCAGAAGCAUGGUCUUGCUUCGUGGUUACAGCAUGGGCACACCUUGCAAUACAUCCAGUUAUCCUGUCUCU